UCACGAAGUCCCGACCUCAAGUGAGGUCACCUCGGCUUCCCAAAGUGAGCCACCAUGCCUGGCCAGCCCUGGACUGUUGAGGUUGUGGGAGGGCUCUUCAAUUUAACAAAAAUUUACUGAUACUUGUUCCUUACCAGACACAGAACUGAGGUCUAAGGCUGCAUGGGUGAAUAAGAAACAUUCUCUGGGAGCCCACAGUACAAUGGAGAAGAUGAACACAUAAACAGAUGCCUUUAAUAAACAUAUAAAUGCAGUGAUACAAGAACAUCCAAGAUAAUACGGAACCAAUAAGCAGACCACACUCAGAUGGGGUCAGGGCCAGGAGGAGCUUUUCAGGGAAGGGCUCCUCAUUGUCGUUGAUUAUAAUUUAAGGGAUGAGGAAAAAGGUGAAAAGGUGGAAGAGGCCAAAGGGAGGGUCAUUCCAGACAAGUCAGUGCAAACAAAGACACAACAGAAGUAGCUCCAUGUGUGUAGGAGAGCUGCAAGGCACAUUCAUGAUAUAAAGGGUGUGGAGCAAAUUGGGGGAGCUUGUUGAGGAUCUCUAUGCCUGGCUGGGGGCACUGUGAGUGGAGAAAAGCCUGUGAGCAAGCUCAGAGGGAAGGCCUGACCUCCCAGCCCACUGGCAGUGCUCUGCUUGUGCCCGCCUUUCCCCCAGCGAACUGUUGUUCCUCAUUCCUUAGCUCCAUCUGCACAGUUGGAGAUUGGCACUAAGGGGCUCUGAGGGAACCUUGUGAGGACUUGUCCUUCCCUUUGUUGGUCAGUGGCCACCUGGUGUGUGAAGAGAACUGCUGGCAGCUGCAGUGCCUCUGCUAUAGCCAGGCUAUCCCAGCUGCUCACAGACCUCAAGCUCAGCCAUCCUUCUCCCUCCACUGGCCUUGACCCAGACUUUCCCUGGCAUUCUGACUAGGGAACCAGGACCCCUGCUCCUGGGGUCUGGACACAGACCUUCCAGAAACACAGAUGAAGAGCCCUGGCAAUGCUUGUCAGGGGCGUAUCCUCACCCUGGCUCAAGAAAUUGCAGGCUGUCAGCAUGAAUCACAGCUGGGCCUUUCAUAUUCAGUUCCACAUUCUCCUCUCCCCACUGAACAAAGUGGAGAGGGACUGGGAUCCCAGGCUAGGCGGGAUGCUAUGUUGUUUGUGACAGCCACUCUAUCCUCCGCACCCCAUCCCCCACUUCCCUGCAUUUCACAGCCUAUAUGCCUGGUUGGUACCCAGUAAACUUCACAGCAGGACUGAUGUUUGGCAUGUUUCCAGGCCUCUUCAUGCCACUACUGAUAGAGGAGCCACUAUCCCUGGUCUCCAUCCUGAUGUCAUGUGGAGGUCUUCUACUGUCUGUGGAUAAUGAUAGAGUUACUGCUGACAAGGCAGCCUGAAGCUUUAAAGUGUAUCCAUGCGUUCAACAAAGAUUGUUGCAGGCUGUCUGGUAUUCUACGUUGGUGCCCCAAGGUUCUGUGCCUUUGAGGGGAAAUUUCCGCAGAGAAACAGUUUGUUGGCCAAUAGCUCCACAGCAGCCUAACACUCCCCUUCUCCUUCCAGUAAAGAAGACCUACCGUGUGAACCUACUCUCCCUGCUCAGCCUACAGACUAAAGUCUAGACUCUGCAGUCUGCCUGUCACCUCCUCUCCCACCAUAUAUCCCCGCUUCGGUGUAUCCUCUUCAGGCGCCUGGAGCUGCACCUCAUUCCAUGAAGGCACCUGUGGCCAGCCUCCACUGUGGAAGCUCAUGGACUCCGUUGGAUCUGCAGGGUUGCGACAGGGGGAAGAAGCCCUGAGUUACCCUGAGGAGGGCUUGCCCGGGCCCUCAGACAGCUCAGAGCUGGUGCAGGAGUGCCUGCAGCAGUUCAAGGUGACAAGGGCACAGCUACAGCAGAUCCAAGCCAGCCUCUUGGGUUCCAUGGAGCAGGCGCUGAGGGGACAGGCCAGCCCUGCCCCUGCAGUCCGGAUGCUGCCUACAUACGUGGGCUCCACCCCACAUGGCACUGAGCAAGGAGACUUCAUGGUGCUGGAGCUGGGGGCCACAGGGGCCUCACUGCGUGUUUUGUGGGUGACUCUAACUGGCAUUGAGGGGCAUAGGGUGGAGCCCAGAAGCCAGGAGUUUGUGAUCCCCCAAGAGGUGAUGCUGGGUGCUGGCCAGCAGCUCUUUGACUUUGCUGCCCACUGCCUGUCUGAGUUCCUGGAUGCGCAGCCUGUGAGCAAACAGGGUCUGCAACUUGGCUUCAGCUUCUCUUUCCCUUGUCACCAGACGGGCCUGGACAGGAGCACCCUCAUUUCCUGGACCAAAGGUUUUAGGUGCAGUGGUGUGGAAGGGCAGGAUGUGGUCCAGCUGCUGAGAGACGCCAUUCAGAGGCAUGGGGCCUACAACAUCGACGUGGUUGCCGUGGUGAACGACACAGUGGGCACCAUGAUGGGCUGUGAGCUGGGAGCCAGGCCGUGUGAGGUUGGGCUAGUUGUAGACACGGGCACCAAUGCAUGUUACAUGGAGGAGGCGCGGCACGUGGCAGUGUUGGAUGAAGACCGGGGCCGCGUCUGUGUCAGCGUCGAGUGGGGCUCCUUCAGUGAUGUUGGGGCGCUGGGGCCAGUGCUGACCACCUUCGACCACACCCUGGACCAUGAGUCCCUGAAUCCUGGUGCUCAGAGGUUUGAGAAGAUGAUUGGAGGCCUGUAUCUGGGUGAGUUGGUGCGGCUGGUGCUGGCUCACUUGGCCCAGCGUGGGGUCCUCUUUGGUGGCGGCACCUCCCCUGCCCUGCUGAGUCGAGGCAGCAUCCUCCUGGAACACGUGGCUGAGAUGGAGGACCCCUCUGCUGGGGCAGCCCGUGUCCGUGCUAUCCUGCAGGACUUGGGCCUGAGCCCUGGGGCUUCGGAUGUUGAGCUUGUGCAGCACGUGUGCGCGGCCGUAUGCACACGGGCUGCCCAGCUCUGUGCUGCCGCCCUGGCCGCUGUUCUCUCCCACCUCCAGCACAGCCGGGAGCAACAAACCCUUCAGGUCGCUGUGGCCACCGGAGGCCGAGUGUGUGAGCGGCACCCCAGGUUCUGCGGCAUCCUGCAGGGGACAGUGAUGCUCCUGGCCCCGGAAUGCGAUGUCUCCUUCAUCCCCUCUGCGGAUGGUGGUGGCCGGGGAGUGGCGAUGGUGACUGCCGUGGCUGCCCGUCUGGCUGCCCACCGGCGCCUGCUGGAGGAGACCCUGGCCCCGUUCCGGUUAAACCACGAUCAGCUGGCAGCGGUUCAGGCACAGAUGCGGAAGGCCAUGGUCAAGGGGCUCCGAGGGGAGGCCUCCUCCCUUCGCAUGCUGCCCACUUUUGUCCGGGCCACGCCUGACGGCAGCGAGCGAGGGGAUUUCCUGGCCCUGGACCUCGGGGGCACGAACUUCCGUGUCCUCCUGGUACGUGUGACCACAAGUGUGCAGAUCACCAGCCAGAUCUACUCCAUUCCUGAGAGUGUGGCCCAGGGCUCUGGGCAGCAGCUCUUUGACCACAUUGUGGACUGCAUCAUGGACUUCCAGCAGAAGCAGGGCCUGAGUGGGCAGAGCCUCCCACUGGGUUUUACCUUCUCCUUCCCAUGUAGGCAGCUUGGCCUGGACCAGGGCAUCCUCCUGAACUGGACCAAGGGUUUUAAUGCAUCAGACUGUGAGGGCCAAGAUGUCGUGAAUCUGUUGCGGGAAGCCAUCGCACGCAGACAGGCAGUGGAGCUGAAUGUGGUUGCCAUUGUCAAUGACACGGUGGGGACCAUGAUGUCCUGUGGCUAUGAGGACCCCCGUUGCGAGAUAGGCCUCAUUGUCGGAACCGGCACCAAUGCCUGCUACAUGGAGGAGCUCAGGAAUGUGGCAGGCGUGCCUGGGGACUCAGGCCGCAUGUGCAUCAACAUGGAGUGGGGUGCCUUUGGGGACGAUGGCUCUCUGGCUAUGCUCAGCACCUGCUUUGAUGCAAGUGUGGACCAGGCGUCCAUCAACCCCGGCAAGCAGAGGUUUGAAAAGAUGAUCAGCGGCAUGUACCUGGGGGAGAUCGUCCGCCACGUCCUUUUACAUUUAACCAGCCUUGGCGUUCUCUUCCGGGGCCAGCAGACCCAGCGCCUUCAGACCAGGGACAUCUUCAAGACCAAGUUCCUCUCUGAGAUCGAAAGCGACAGCCUGGCCCUGCGGCAGGUCCGAGCCAUCCUAGAGGAUCUGGGGCUGCCCCUGACCUCAGAUGAUGCCCUGAUGGUGCUAGAGGUGUGCCAGGCCGUGUCCCAGCGGGCUGCCCAGCUCUGUGGGGCGGGUGUAGCUGCUGUGGUGGAGAAGAUCCGGGAGAACCGGGGCCUGGAAGAGCUGGCAGUGUCUGUGGGGGUGGAUGGAACGCUCUACAAGCUGCACCCGCACUUCUCCAGCCUGGUGGCAGCCACGGUGCGGGAGCUGGCCCCUCGCUGUGUGGUCACGUUCCUGCAGUCAGAGGAUGGGUCCGGCAAAGGUGCAGCCCUGGUCACCGCUGUUGCCUGCCGUCUUGCACAGUUGACUCGUGUCUGAGGAAAUCUCCAGGCUGAGGAGGCUCCACUGCAGCCUUGCUGGACCUGGGUCGGGGUCUGCCUGUUUCCCAGCCAGGCCCAGCCACCCAGGAUUCCCGGGACAUCCCAUGUGUGACCCCUCUGCGGCCAUUUGGCCUUUCUCCCUGGCUUUCCCCGAGAGAAGUAGCACUCAGGUUAGCAAUAUAUAUAUAUAAUUUAUUUACA